AGAAAACAAAUCAAGAAAUGAAAUCAAGUUUGAUGAGCUUAUGAAUCUUAUAAAUCAAUUUAAUGUCGAGAUUUGAAUUAUUCUUUUUUUUUGGUUUUUUUUUUCGGGGAGGUGAAGAAGGAAAAAGAAACAAGACACUAGUAAUGUAAUGUAAUGUAUUGUAUUGUAAAGGAAAGGAAAGGAAAGUCAAAUAAAUCAUAUAUGAAUUUAUACAUUUCACUUUUUUUUUGUUUUUUUAUUAGAUCUGUUUUAAAUUUUUAAUCCAAAUCUGUUUUAAUUGAUUAUUGAUUAACUAAUUUAUUAAUUUAUUUCUUUAUGGAAUUUAUUCAUUCAUUUAUUCAUUCAUUCCCAGAUUCAAGAAGAAAGAUUUAUAAGAAACUUAAUUUGAUUUUGAUCUUUUUGGAAUUUAGAAUGUACAUGUAUGAUAAUUUGUAUGAUUAUUUAAUGUUCUUUUUGGUUUUGAAUGAAUGAAAUAAAUUAUUAAAGAUUUUUUAAGAUAUUU